GAAAGCCAAGAGGGACCUGCUGGCAGCUGGAGAGAGGAAGAAGAGGAGCAUCCUUCCUUCUUUCGCUUCACAUCAAUAUACAGGAAAAUGACGUGAAAAGCACGAAGAGGUGGCUUUUUUUACUUACUUGAAUGUUCUAACGUCGACACGGCGGGGACAAUACUGCUACUUUUUUUUCUGCUGAAUUGAUAUUUUAUGAGCGAGUAGCUAUCAGGCUCUUUGGGAUAUCUCCAUACUGUUUUCCUUUUUCUGGGAAAUAUCUACUCUUUUUUCAAAAAAUUGUAACUAUGUAAUGCUUCUGCUAAGAAAAAGACAGUCUGACAGCUUCAAGGUGCUUAAGGAGACCCUCCAGGAGGUCUGCGUCGUUGCCAAGGCCCAGGCAGCAUGGGGAUGACUUGUCGAUGGAACCCCGCGAGAACAUUGUUGUCCAUCUGAAUGGCGCAGUGGAGCAUGACCGCAUGUCACGUUGCCUUACAGCUGAGAUAACGCUCCUUGUUUGCCAAGUGCACAGUUUGGACUAAAGACCAUCUGGGAUCGAUGCAUAUCAAAUUCUUUUAGGUCCUUGGACAUGUAGGGACACAUCAGGACCAAACUGGAUCACCAUCAGUGACCUCAUGACCUCUGCAGAGGUCAGAUAGUUGGUUAGCAGUGAACUACAUAUUCAAAUCGAAGUGGAUAUUGACCACGAGGCCGUCGGGAUGAGCGCAUGAUUGUAGCCGGUCGCCCGCCGCUCAGCAUCCUCGGCCAUGACCCGGCUGAUGUUGGGCCGAACUCUGGAGCGCAUCUGCAAAGGCGUCCUGCUGCUCUGCUUGCUCCACUUCCUCAUUAUGAUGAUUCUCUACUUUGACGUCUACUCGCAGCGCUUCGACCUCUUCAGCCGCUUCAACAACGGACGUAACGGCUCCCGGAAUAACGGCAGCGGAGCAACAGGGAGCGGACAUCAUUUUUACUACUACAACAUAUCGAGGCCCAACUCCACUUCAGCUAGCUUCCUAGCCGCGGGCAAGCAGGCGGGGCCAAGCGUGCGGCCACAGACCAAUCAGGCGCCUUCGCCGAAGCCCUUGCCGCCAUGUCCUGAGAACCCUCCUGGUCUGGUGGGCCGCUUGCUGAUCGAGUUCAGCUCCCAGAUGACCAUGGAGCGAGUGCAGAGAGAAAACCCCAACGUGACCGAGGGCGGCCGCUACACGCCCCCCGACUGCCGGCCUCGAUGGAAGGUGGCCAUCAUCAUUCCGUUCCGUCACCGUGAAAACCACCUGAAGUACUGGCUCCACUACCUCCACCCCAUCCUGAGACGCCAGAAGAUCGACUACAGCAUCUACAUUAUCAAUCAGUUGGGUGACGACACGUUCAACCGCGCCAAGCUUUUAAACGUGGGCUACACGGAGGCCCUGAAGGAUGGCGAAUACAACUGCUUCAUCUUUAGCGACGUGGACCUGAUCCCCAUGGAUGACCGCAACCUCUACCACUGCUACGAGCAGCCCAGGCACUUCGCCAUUGCCAUGGACAAGUUUGGCUUCAGGCUGCCCUAUGCAGGCUACUUCGGAGGAGUGUCAGGCCUCAGUAAAAAACAGUUCCUGAAGAUCAAUGGUUUCCCCAAUGAGUACUGGGGUUGGGGAGGGGAGGACGAUGACAUUUACAACAGGAUCACUCUAAAUGGGAUGAAGGUGUCCAGGCCGGACGUUCGCAUCGGUCGCUACAGAAUGAUUAAGCACGAGCGGGACAAACACAACGAGCCCAACCCGCAAAGGUUCAAUAAAAUCCAGAACACCAAGAACACCAUGAAGAAGGACGGCAUCAGUUCUCUCACCUACAGACUGGUUCAGACCAAGAGGUACCCGCUGUACACCAACAUCUCGGUGGAGAUUGGCAAACCUCCCCCCAGGCCUUUCCGGGGCUAGGAGAGCUGGGCGAGCGGAGAUUGAUGAAGGAAGUCAGGAAUUCUCAAGCACACUAUGGUCAGGACGCGUUCUUGUACCUUCUGGAUUUGAAGACUUUUGGCAACAGUUGGGAUCAAACUAGCAGUUUUCAAAUGGAAGACACCCACUGGUUCACAGGCAUUGAGCUGAAGCUUGGAGAUUCAAUGAAACCAUUGAAGGGAAUGAGGACCACAGCAAUUCCGGAAUUCAUAAAAUGGCAGUAGGGGAUCAAAAACCUCAACUUCACAUGGAUUUUCUGUUAUAUAUCCAAAAACCAUGGACAUCAUCAUGAGGGAUCGCCCAGAAGAUGUAAUUGAAGCUGGGAUGCUAUUAAGUGAUAUAUCAAGAAGGUAACAAAUGGUUUUCCCUUUGACACACCCUGACGACAGCCCAUGGCUGCUAAUGGAAUCAUGAGCAUAUCAUAGCAAUGGCGUGCAUAUCAGUCGACUCUUUAUCACACUCACAUAUGUACAUUGUCCUGCGGGAGUCACCUUUUUUGCCCCCGAAAUACUCCAAAAUCGACGCUGCUGGCGUUAAUGAAUGAAUGUAUGGUGCCUGCGUCUCCCACACGAGGCCACACUGGUGACAUAAUGGAACUAUUGGAGUUUUGCAACAUGAAUAUACGCGGUGAAGCUGUGGGGGAAAAAAAGUUGCUACUUGCUUUGGAAGUGAAUCAUUUGAGAUUAACUUGAUCAAUUCCGCAUUUGUUCUGAUAAUGUGAGUGGUAACUGUGCAGUUACUGAGCUUGUAUUAUAAUAAUCCUAUUAUUUGACAUUAUGUGAGGCACAAAGGGGUCAUAAUACUUUAUAUUCCCAAUAUUAUAGUCAUACAGUUUAUUUUUAAUGCCUGUUGUUGCACAGAAGAAGGUUAUCUUGUUAAUUACUUUAUCAUUCUGUUUUUUAAGCUAUUCUUCUCUUGGACUCAUUGGCUUCAUGCAUUUAAUAUUAUUUAAUUUUAUUUGAGGCACAAAGGGCUUUACCAAGCGGCUCCACAGACAUAUUAAUACUCCAAAAAUGUUCUUUUAAUGCCAGCAAAGGUCAGCCUUUUUUUUUUUUUUUAUAAUUGUCGUAUUUUAUUUGUAUUACUUUCUUGCUAUCUGGCUUAUAUUGGCUUCAUUUUAUUUUCUGUUUUAUUUAGUUUUGGAGUUUUUUUACUCCUACAGACAAAAUAAGAUGCUCAAAAUUAGAUUUUAACCCUUUUAACUUUAUUUUUGGUUUAUUUUAUUUUGUACUAUCUUCUCUCUCUGACUUAUUGGCACAUUGCAUUUUUGUUUGUAUGUAAUUUUUAAUUAUUAUUAUCGUUUUACUUCUACGGACAAAAUAAUACAGCCAAAUCAAAUUCUUUAUGCCUUUUGUCGUUUUGCGUUAUUUAUUUUAUUUUAUUUUAUUUUUCUCCUUUCUCUUACUUGUCUGGCGUCACAAAAAAUAUCAGUUUGUAGGAAAUGAAAACAGUGAGAUGGCUGUUUCACAUUUUAUUUUCAUCAGCUGUCAGUUUUAAUAUGGGAGUCUUAUUUCAUCACAACAUGAGAAACAAUGAGCCUUAUCAAUCAUACGCUAUUCUUUCUGACAUGUUUUUAUUUUUGCUAGACAUUUAUUGUUGUUUUUUUGCAGAAACAAGGUACUGUUCAAUGUCAUAUAUUUUAAUAAUUCAUCUACCUUGUCCUUUGUUGCUGUUCCGGCACUGUUACUGUUGUCGCCUAUAUACCGAGCCGAUGCCUUGAGUAGUUUUCUGUGUCAAAGAAAAGUUAUUUCUAUUAGUUCAAUGACAAAAACCAAAACUCGCGUUUUAAGAUGUUUGUUUCUCAUUUGUGGGCUUUUAUUCUAGGAAAAGUUGUGUAUUGUCAGCUUCCUCUGAGGGAAACUGUCUCCAGCUCUUUGUCACACUUAUCUUUGCCUCAAGGUCCUCUAUGGAGCACACACACUCACUCUUGUCUUCCCUCUUUAUUUUUUGCAUUUUAUCACAUUUGAUUGCCUUUUCAGAGUCCAAUUUACCUUUCUGCCCUCCCUUUUGCUGUAGUCCCGCUGCAGGGUUUAGUGUUGCAAUCAACUCCCGCCUCUAGUCUAUAUUUUAAUUUGUUUAUGAGGCGAUAAAAAUGUUGUCGAGUAAUAAACUUAUUAAAUUUAUCGACAAGAGUGUGUGGUAGCCCUUACGGCUGCCACAUGCUAGCUUUGGAUGGCUGGAAACUGAACAAAAUAUGUUGCUAUGCUAAAAGCGGUAGACGGAUGCUGUCUGAUGAUAACCAUGUAUAUCACACUUGUGUUUUACAGCAAAAACGCACCAAAAACAACUAUUAUACAGCUUUUGCAGCAGAAGAUGUAAAUAAGUCUUACGUUUCAUGGUUUGAAAUGCUUAAGUGGAUUUGUUUGGGAUGUCCAUGUCCACACAUGUAGGAAUGGUUUCCUAUCACCAAGGGAUACUUAAGAGUCGAUAUUUGACAUACAGAUCAACAUAAUUCAAUGGAGUCUUCAAAACAAAAUAGAUGAAGGAAGCGUGGUCUGAAGAGGAAGUAUGUUUUUCGAUUGGUGGUCAAUGGAGAUACUUGUCAUUAAAACAUGCCGUUAAAACGUAUGUACAGUUGUCCCUUGCCACUUCGCGGUCGAAUUUUGCAGCUUCACUCUACGAUGGUUUUUCAAAAAUAUAUGAAUUAAUAAAUCAUGCUGUUUCGUAGUUGAAUACUGUCUAUUAUUAGUAAAACAUUUGCAUAUUGAAGCAAAUUUUAUGUAUGUUUUGCCUAAAUUACCGUAAAUUCUGGACUACUGUAUAAGCCGCUACUUUUUUCACACGAUUUGAACCCCACGGGCCACACAGGGGCCAAGUGGUUAGCAUGUUGGCCAGACAGUCAGGAGAUUGUAAAGAUCUGGGUUUGAAUCUCCUCUUGGGCAUCUCUGUGUGGAGUUUGCAUGUUCUCCUCGUGCAUGUGUGGGUUUUCUCCGGGUACUAUGGUUUCCUCCCACAUUCCAAAAACAUGCAUGGUAGGUUAAUUGGAGACUCUAAAUUGUCCAUAGGUAUGAAUGUGAGUGUGAAUGGUUGUUUGUCUAUAUGUGCCCUGCAACUAGUCCAGGGUGUACCCCACCUCUCGCCAAGGUCAGCUGGGAUGGGCUCCAGCAUACCCUGCAACCCUAAUGAGGAUAAGCGGCAUAGAAAAAGAAUGGAUGGAUGGAUUGAACCCCGGGCCUUAAACAAUGAUGCAGCUGAUUUAUGGCUAAAAGACCUGAAGUUCACCUGAUGCUUAGAGUGCAGAUUCAGGAAGUAGUGAUUUGGAGUAGCAAAGUGGAUGCUAAUAUCACGUUUUGAAGACUUACCUAGGGAUUGUGUUUUGAUCUGGCAAAUCUUAAGUAAAUGUAAAGCAUUCAGAAGACGCUUUCAAAGACGCUCUGAAUGAUAUGUAGUAGUCUUCAUUGGUCACAAUGGUUCAGUAAUGUUACUGUAUUGUUCGGUGAGAUACACGAUCACCAGACUUGAUCUCCGGAACAACAGGCUUUUGUUGCAGGUUUGAAUUGUAUCACAACAAUAAAUAAAUAAUAAAUAUAAACAAUAAAUAAAAAUAUAAUGUAUAAUAAUUAUAUAAUAAAAAAUAAAAACAUGGGCUGCUGUUGCCGUAACCCACGCCAAGAUGAAACUGAACUCUGAACCCCUGACGUCACUUCCUGUCCGCCCACUACACAACAACACACGUAGUUACUUAUUCGGUAAUGUGAGUGUAAGGAUAACUAUAGGGGUGUUAUUUCAUGUCUACAGGGCUCUAAUAAUGUUAAAAACUGUAUUUAGACAUUUCUAAACAGGUAAUUUAAGCUCUAACUACGAAAAUAUUUCAUUCAUAAACAAGACAUCCUACUUUGCUGAAAU